AUGGACGGGCGUUGCUGCGCGCCGGCGCGCUCGGCCUUCGUUACGCGGGUGUUCGGACACUUGAUGUCUCCGCUGGUCCUCGUGGGGUUGUCUGCGGCGAUCUGUUUCGUGUGGUGGUUCGCGUUUCCCCUGCCUUGGCGGGCCUUUCCCGCCUUCCGCUUCGCGCCGAUGAAUGCUGUGUCCAGCUUUGUGGUUCAAGGGUCCGACGCGAAUCUAACCCUAGAUGCCAGGCUGUUCACCCCGAUGAACCUCUGCGGGCUGCGACCGAAAGGAGACUCCCAAGAAAGGUGGAGGAUCGUCGAGAAGUUCCUUCCGCCUCGCUACCCUUCGCUGGCUACGCAGGCACCGCCUUCAUCGCCGUCGGCGCACGCAGCCGCGUCUCGCAGUUCGCGCGCCGUCGUUGGAGAUCUCACGAGCGACGGAGCUCGAGGUGACCGCACCGCAGCAGAGACUCGCAGACAACGCACAGAGGCCCGCGACCGUUCCGGGGACACCACCGCCCCCGAAGUCGUUGUCCGGCCUUUCAGAACUGGCGAAAGAUUCCUUUCUCUCGCGAGAUCUCCAGAUGCCGCCUAUCUCGCGCUGCGGGGAGUGGCGAGCCGGAACUUACUUACCGACGCGACCGUCGAGGAGGGCCUAGCGGCGGGCGACCGCUGGCAGCCUUCUUUCUUCCCUUCCUCUUCCUCUUCUUCCUCUUCCUCCUCUUCCUCUUCUUCCUCUUUCUCUCCUUCCUCCUCUUCCUCCUCUUCUUCCUCUUCCUCCUCUUCUCCGUUUCCUAGGUUUGCUUCUUCGCCUUCUUUGCCGCCGAUUGCGCCGCCUGCGUCGCUGUCGACUCCGUUGUCUCUGCGCGCGUUGCAGGAGGAGCCUGUGCCAGGGGUUGAUUUCCCCGCGACUCGUGCAUUUAUGAUUUACGUGCCGCAAGAGUACGACAGCGGAGGCACGGCAGAGGACCAAAUCGUCCAGGCGUUCGGUUUCGUCGAGUCCUGGCGGUUCGCCUUCGGCAUCCCCGAAAACCCCGAGAGGGAACCGCUGGUGGCAACGAGCAAACUCCGGGGAUUCACGACUGUCGACGGUCUCCAGCUGAGCAGCGGCGUCGCCGGGGCCGGGAAACGCGGCCGACUGUGGAGACCGCCUUUGCUUCGUUUCCGUGUCAGAAAGCAUGCGCCUGCACGGCUAGCCACGGGCACCGCAGACCCGAGGCCCAGUCCAGUGGGUUGGAGGCGAGGCGACACAGCCGAGGCGAGGCAGAACGCGAGUGCAGAGAGAGGAGAUGGCGAAGAGGCGAGCACGGAACUGGACGACCCCGGCCGGUCUCAGCAGGAGGCGGCAGGCGCCUCCGUCGCGUCUUCCGGCCGUUCGGCCUCUUCGCCGGAGGACCAGGCUGGGGCGCGGGGCGAAAGGAGCGGAAAUGCCGAGGCGUCUUCGGCCUCGUCCUGGGGCGUUGGGGAGACGGGAAUGCCCGAAAAAGAGAAGAACGAGCAGCGAGGCCCGCGACGCCGACUGGGAGGGGCGGGGCGCAGCGCGAGGUUGAACAGUCGCCACCAUCGCGUGGUGGAGGCUCCCGUCGUCAACGACGUCCUCUUUGUGACGGAGAUGAAGACGAGGGGGGAGAACGUUCCGUGGAUCUGCGAUGAAUUGUCGUCGUUUCCGUCGCUAGACGCGUUUCGCCAAGACCUCGUGGACCGUGUCAGCUUCGGCCUCGCCCAGAGGCGGCAGGCCGGCCGCGACGCCAAGACGCCGAAGCGCAGUCGCUUCUCGUUGCUGUCCUUCCUGUUUCCCGGAGAACACGGACGGGGGGAGACGGCGGCGACCGGGCACGAAGACGAUUCGGAGGCAGUGAAGGCGUCGAUGGAGCCCGGGCCAUUGCCGAGGCCGGACAGAGGAGUCUGGAGCAGCGGCUCGCGAGACAGGCGCUCGGCCUCUGUCUCGAAGCAACAACCGCGUCUCCCUGUGAACAGGUGCAUCGUGGUGAGACUGACGAUCGACGCCACGCAACGCAGCGACGUUUGGAGCAUUCACCCGGCGAUGCACUCGGUGAGUGCUCUGACGCAUCCGCUGCUGGAGUGGAUCCUGCGGCAGUACGACCUUGCAAUUCGAACCGACAACGACACCUUCCUGACCCCUGCGUUGUUGGGGCGCGAAAACACGCCCUGGCUCUCCCGUGUCGCACCGCCGGGGAAGUGGAAAACCGCGCACGACGUGCGGCGAACCGCACUCUCCACUCAGACAGGCAGAGAGCGAGGGCGCGAGGAGGACAAGGAAAAAGAGGCGGAACAGGCGAGAGGGAAUGACGGGGAGCGCGAGAGCCCGGCGCCUGGAGCGAACGAAGGCGACCGAGUGUCUUUCAUGCCGCGCGGAAACCGAGGAACUUCUGAGAAAAAGCCCGACGGUGUCGCGGGCUCGACGCGGAUUUUUCUGGAGCGCGGCAGCGUGGGCGAGGGGACUGUCGCUGUGGGAGCUGAGUUCCGGACGCGUCCUGGCGACGAAGAGAGAGAGACAGGCGAAGUCCGGUUCGCGUUUUUCACCGGACGCGGCGGUUACUACGACAGAAAGAAUCGACGCCUGCUGCCGGAAUAUGCAGCCAUGCUCGGCCUUCGCUACCAGAACCUGGGCUACGUCGGAAGCACGUGGUACGGCAGGCCGGCCGACAUCGUGCAGGCUGCGCGUCUCACUGUGAAGAUCGGCGAAUCGCUUCUCCACGUUGAUCCGGUCUUCCGGCGCGGAGGCGGCGAAUGGCCAUCGUGGUACCGAGGCGUGCUGCUACUCUACUCCGCGGAACUGGCCGUGAACCACCUUUUCGACAGAGAAGAUGUCUUCAUUCGCGCCGAUCUCCUCGACACUGACUCGGUCGCCCAGGUCGACUGGCGAAGUUCCCCCGCCUUGCACGUUCACUGCUGGCAUACGACGAGUUUCUUCAGCAAGUUCGCGUUCCUCAAGGGGGAUUAUCCGCUGCAGUGGUUCUACUCUUUGAACUACGACUUUUUCGACAUACGGUGGUACAGCUACACGAACGCGGCCAACGGCCGUGAACGCCGCCGCCUCCAAAUGCAGAGCAUGCGCCGCUUUCGAGAGCUGGACCUGAAAGGUCUGUCGGCGAGAGAACCUCUCAACGCACACGGCGCCCUCCUCUCGAGGCAGAACAACGCCGAGAACGCGUCUGCUGAUGCGCUGCCUUCCCCCGCAACCUCGAUGUUAAUCCCGUCUCCGUCUCGGGCGUCUUCUCCGGCGCUGGCUUCGCCGCUCGCCUCGCCAGGGGACAGACUGCCGCCCGGCGAGGCUGCGUCGGUCCUUUCGGGCCUUCGAACAGCGCCUCUCUCGUACGCGCUGGCUGCACAUCUCGCCUUUCCCUUUCAGACGUGCCUGCCUGACGCUCCGCAUCCUGUCCAGACGAAGGGCGGCGCCCAGCGAUGCUGCCCGACGCGAUGCCCCAGCGAGCGCAGCGAGAGCGCGAUAGAAGGAAGGAGUUGCUGCUCUCGUCCCGACGGCGGCCAUCGAUGCCUGGCGCCUCCGUGUUUGCAUCCGUCCGAAUUUUUAUGGCUAGUCGACGGCAUCGUCGCUCGCUCUGACGACGGGAAUCCCGAGUCUGUGCCUGAGCCUGAUCGGGGCGAGCCCGGGGAGGAUCAAGCGGAGGCGACAGGAGAAUCGGAGAGACUUCAAACGCAUCCAGCACUGCUGAGACGCGUGCAGCCGCCGACGCCGCAGGCGACGUGCCCCGCCUUCUUUCCCUUUCCCUUCGAAGGAGGCAGGCAGUGCUGCGCGACAAACAAGGACUGCGACGAAAGGCCAUUGAGACUGGAGUCUCGCUGUUGCUGGCGCGACGGCGCUCGGCGGUGCCAGGUGCCCGGCGCAACUGCAUGCGGGCCUCAUCCCGUUAUCAAGCUUCUCCCUGCUGAGAAUCCCUUUAGGGUCGGGAUGAGCGCCGCCGCCACCGCCUUUGCUCCGGCGAGGGGAAGUGCACCAUCCGCGCCGCGUUCGAGCCCACCGCUGCAUGCGUCCACAGAGCAGUUCGCGAAGGCUUUCGACGUGUUAGGCGCAGCAGCUGGGGGCGGCUCUCUGUAUGCUGUCCAAGAACAUGGCACCAGCCUCGAAGCACUUCGACAGUUCAGAUUCACGCUGCGGAAAGAAGCCUUCAUUUAG